AUGGAGAAAUUUAUACCCCCAGAUCCACUCAUAUUCGAAGGAAAUUUAUCAGAUUUAUGGGAUAGAUGGAAACAACAAUUCGAGCUUUAUCUGGUAGCUACAGAAUCACACGAGAAAACAGAAGAUAUCAAGACGUCAAUUUUACUAAUAUGUAUCGGGAAGCACGGCAUAGAGAUCUACAAUACAUUUACGUUCUCUGACGAGGCAGACAAAUUGAAAUUGAAACCAGUAUUGGAGAAGUUUGAAGCAUAUUGCAAGCCGAGAAAAAAUAUCACUCUACUUCGACACAAUUUCCUUACGCACAAGCAACAUGAUGGGGUGACAUUUGAUGCCUUUGUCACCGAGCUAAAAAGACGAAGUGCACAAUGUGAAUUUGGCGACCUUAGAGAAUCACUCAUCAGAGACAUGAUAGUAAUCGGGGUCUCAGACAACCCGCUUAGAGAGCGACUGUCAAGGACGGAGACUUUGACUCUAGAAAACGCAAUAAAAAUUGGUCAGGCAUCAGAAGCAACAAAGCAACAAGCAAUGACAUUAAGCAGACCACACACCGGAAACCAGAACAAUGUCGACGAACUACGCACGAAAUCUAACAAUACAAUGCGCCCACGACAACAAAGCGCAUAUACUUCAGCAUCUUCGCAAGCUCGCAGCAAUUGUAAAUACUGUGGCGAAAUUCACCAACGAGGAAAAUGUCCUGCAUAUGGGAAAACAUGCUCAAAGUGUCAUAAAUUGAAUCACUUUGCCUCUGUUUGCUUAUCUACGUCCCGCAGCGUACAUUAUACCACGGAAGGUCAUGAAGGUCACGAUUACGAGAUCGCAGGCGAUGCCAAUAACAUUUUCAUAGGAACUCUCUCAACGGAAGUGACAGACAACUCCGUCAAUGCGGCUAAUAUUACGCAAGAUGGAAAUCGUGACUGGAUUAUCUCUCUGCGAUCAAAUGAAAGUAUCACGCGGUUCAAAAUUGACACUGGAGCUCAGGCUAACGUCAUACCAAUGGGAACAAUCGAGAAACUAGCAACUAGACCGCAUAUUGAGAAAACUAAUACAACGUUGACAGCAUAUAACGGAAUGAAUAUUCCAGUGGUUGGAAAAUGCACGCUGGACAUUCAACAUAACAAUCAAACCCACGCAAUACCGUUUGUUGUUGCAAACACUACUUCACCGCCACUAAUUGGGUUACAAACCAGCAUCGACCUCAAUCUUAUAAAGCGAGUUUGGACCGUAAAUGCUAAAACACCAAACUUCAUACAAGAGUACAAAGAUGUUUUUGGAGAACUUGGAUGCCUAAAGGGUGAACAUCACAUUAGCAUUGACCCCAAUGUAACGCCAGUAGUUCAUCCACCUCGAAAGAUUCCAAUAUCACUUAUGGAACGUCUCAAAGCUGAGUUAAAACGCAUGUGCAAGCUUGAUGUCAUAGAGAAAGUUGACGAACCAACCGAUUGGGUCAGCUCCAUGGUAGUUGUAGAAAAGGACAAUGGCCAGUUACCUAUCUGUCUUGAUCCUAAAGAUUUGAACACUGCCAUAAAACGUCAUCAUUAUCCUAUGCCUACAGUGGACGAAGUCCUAACCAAACUGGGCGGCGCCACCAUAUUUACAAAGCUUGACGCAUCCAGCGGUUACUGGCAAGUAAAAGUCGACGAAGCCAGCUCGAAACUACUUGCAUUUAACACGCCAUUUGGACGAUAUUGUUUUAAGCGCCUAGCAUUCGGGAUUCACAGUGCCGUUGAAGUGUUUCAGAAGAAAGUUGCUGAAAUCAUUGAUGGUAUACCGAAUGCGGCAAACGACCAAGAUGACAUCAUAGUCUUUGGUAGGAACAAAGAGCAGCACGACAAAGCACUAAAGGACAUACUUGACAGAGUAAGAAAGUCUGGACUUAAACUGAAUGAAAAGAAAUGUCGCUUCGGGCUUUCCGAGACAACCUUCUUAGGACAUGUAAUCACUGCAGCAGGCAUUAAGCCAGAUCCUAGAAAAAUAGAAGCAAUAAUCAACAUGCCCAUGCCUAGCAACAAAGUCGAAAUUCAACGUUUUCUCGGUAUGGUGACGUACCUCGGAAAGUUUUUACCGCGCCUAUCUGAUGAGACAGCGCCGCUAAGACAACUACUUGAAAAAGACGUCGUCUGGCAUUUCGAAACGAAAUACCGUCAAGCCAUAGGAAAUCUAAAACACCUCGUCACCAGCAGUCCAGUGUUAACCUACUUUAAUCCAAAACAUGCCAUAAGGAUCACAGCUGACGCCUCUAAAUCAGGUCUUGGUGCAGUACUCGAGCAAUUAGAAGAGAACACAUGGAAGCCCGUCGCAUAUGCUAGUAGAGCAAUUACCCAAAGUGAGCAAAACUACGCACAGAUAGAAAAAGAGACAUUGGCAAUUGUGUUUGCAUGCGAGCGCUUCCACGAAUACACCUACGGCAGACCAAUCACGGUACGUUCAGACCACAAGCCACUCAAAGCAAUCUUUUCAAAACCACUAUGCAGGGCUCCUCCGCGCUUGCAAAGACUACUGCUCAGGCUCCAGCGAUAUGAGCUAAGUGUUGACUACACACCAGGAACGGACAUUCCUGUUGCAGAUGCUCUUAGCAGAGCAUACCUGGAAAGUAAACCAACACCAGAGAUAUCGGAGCAAGACAUGAACUGUCAUGUGCACUCAGCUCUGCACAACCUGCCAGUAUCAGAUUCCAAGCUACUAGAAUUUAAACUCGAGACUGCUAAGGAUCCUACUCUUCAAGAGCUGAAAAACAUAAUUGCCAAUGGUCUUCCAUCCAACAAACAACUCAUCCCUGAUGCUGUCAAGCCAUACCUGACAUUCAUCGAUGAAAUAUCAGAAGCUGAAGGAAUCCUCCUUAGAUCAAACCGCAUCAUAGUACCCUCCUCAAUGAGACGUGAGAUGAAAGCGAGAAUUCACGAGGGACACUUAGGAAUUGAACGAUGCAAAACAAGAGCAAGAGAAGUGAUCUUUUGGCCAGGGAUGGCUACAGAAAUAUCUGAGAUGAUUUCCCGCUGUGAAACAUGCCUAGAAUCAAGAAAACGACAGCAACGCGAACCACUUAUGCCACUACCACCAGCUCAUCACGCCUGGAGCAGAGUAGCAUGUGACUUAUUCUACAUGAAUGGCAAGGACUAUUUACUAAUUGUCGACUACCAUACUAGUUUUCCUGAAGUAAGUCUACUUUCAGAAACUACCUCUGCCGGAAUAAUCAAGCACACAAAGUCAAUAUUUGCAAGACACGGCAUACCAGACACAGUAGUCACAGACAAUGGACCACAAUUCGCUUCGAAGGAAUACCGAGACUUCGCCAAGCAAUGGGAAUUUCAACACGUCACCUCAAGUCCUGUUCAUCCGAGGUCCAAUGAAAAAGUCGAGCGCACAGUACAAACAGUCAAGACCCUCUUGAAAAAAGCCAUUAAGUCUGGUGAUGACCCAUACCUAGCCUUACUUAACUUCAGAGCCUGCACAAGCCCUGACGGUACUCCAGCUCCAGCAGCCAUGUUAAUGAAUAGGAAACUAAAGACUCGCCUACCCUCAAUAGAGACCCAAGAAAUCUCCAAGAAAGGUAUAAUACAGAAACAGUACUACGAUAAGCAUACAAAAACUCUCCCUGAGAUUUCAGAUGGUUCAAAUGUUCGUCUUCACGAUGGCAAAGGCUGGAAAAUAAAAGGACAGGUGAUCCGGAAGGCAGAGACACCAAGGUCAUAUAUUGUUCAAACUGACACCGGAGGCCAAUUGCGAAGGAACAGGCAUGAUAUAUUAGUCACUCCUGAACCUGCUGAGAAUUCCCAACCAGAAGAAGUUGAAGAGCCUCAUGUGCACCAUAGUGAGCCUGUGGACACAAGAACAAGCGAGGAUGAACAUUCUACUCCACCCAGCUACGCUUAUGUGACCCGCUAUGGCAGGACUGUAAAACCACCAACUAGAUUUGGCCAAGAUACCUAA